UCGCGACGACGCUCUUCGCCCGCAGCCCGCCGCCUCGCGCUGCCCAGCGCUGCCCUGCGCCGUCGGUUCCGCAUGCCCGCAGCAGCCGCAGCCGGCGCGCCCGUGUAAGUGAGACAGCAAGGAUGGGGGCGCCGAAGACUAUCGGCCCCAGCAGGUAGGCAUUGGCAUAUCCAGUUAAGUGCACAUUGCACUAUAUGCAAGGACCUGGUUUUGAGCCCCCAUCCCCACCUGCAGCGGGGACGCUUCUCAAGUGGUGAAGCAGCUUACCCAUGAGCUCGGAUUUCCCACAUUACAACUUCAGGAUGCCCAAUAUUGGAUUCCAGAAUCUGCCUCUUAACAUAUACAUUGUGGUAUUUGGCACUGCUAUAUUUGUCUUCAUCCUUAGUUUACUCUUCUGUUGCUACUUGAUUAGGCUAAGACAUCAAGCACACAAAGAAUUUUAUGCCUAUAAACAGGUUAUAUUGAAAGACAAAGUAAAAGAACUGAAUUUACACGAGCUCUGUGCAGUGUGUCUAGAAGACUUCAAGCCCCGAGAUGAGUUGGGGAUUUGCCCAUGUAAACAUGCCUUCCACAGAAAGUGCCUUAUUAAGUGGCUGGAAGUCCGGAAAGUGUGCCCACUUUGCAAUAUGCCAGUUCUGCAGCUUGCCCAGCUGCACAGUAAGCAGGACCGUGGACCCCCCCAGGGGCCCCUCCCCGGGGCAGAGAACAUUGUAUAGCUCAUCAGAGGAUCACACUGUUUCGGGAUCUGAUGCCCACAUGGAGCCAGGAGGAACACAAGCAGACUCUGCAGUGGCUGCUCUAACCGGGGCACCAGCUGUCACUUCCUUUGCCUCAUGAAGAACUCUUGGGCCAGCUGAGCUGGGAACCCAGACUUCUGGGUCAUAUGACAACCAAAGCAUUCUGACACUACCCUAUGCCGAGAGAAGAGGAGUGGAUGAGCCUUCGGGUUUGGUUCAAGAAACUUCAUGAGGGUCUCUUGCUAACUCCAUUACACUGUCUCCUACUUGUCUCCACGUCAAGGUGACUCUUUAUCAAGCAGAAGGGAAGAUUAAGACAAGUGUUAGAGAAGGGAACUAAAGGCAGGUCUUUAAAGCCAUCCCCACCUUGUGGACAGACAGCUUCUCUGCAGACAGUGCAUGUCUUCACUGUAGCAAACCUUCCUGGCAGCCCGAGCCAAGUAAAGCCAGUGGUUACCUGAGCCGAAGCCUGACUAACCAGAUAGGUGAGGCAGUGCCAACAAAACCUUUCACUUUUAUGUCCUUUUGAAUAAGGCCAUCUUGAAACCCUAGGGUUUGGGUUAUAACAGCAGCAGUGCCCUUUGCCACCUCUCCUCCGUCAAGUGCACAACACUUACUUAUCAGGUCAUCUGCACUAAAAACAUUGGAUGUGCUUGGAAAGGCCUGGUCAGACAUCAUUUCCUUUCAUUUCCCCCUCCUACUUAACCAGUGAGGCCAUGCUGCACGUAAGGAACCCGGGCAUGGGCAUGGAGUGGUCUAGUGGGCCUGAGCCCAUGCUGUCCCUGUAUGACCCAGAGUCCUGUCCACGCCCCCCAAUGCAGCAUGGUGUCAGCACAGCUGCUGGUCUCACUUGCUGCUUCACUAUGGAGCACUAGACCCCUCACGUUGCUCCAGAGCAAUGUAUCUUAGAAUGGUGAGUCCUUCUGGACCCUGAGAUGAGGGUGCUGACCCGUCACCUCACCUUCUUCCUUCCCUCAAUUCUCUGCCUUCUCUUGCCCUUUUUCUACUUAAGAGAAAGCACCUGUCCAUUGACCUAGCAAUUUAAAGCAUCCUAAAUAAGAUCCCUAUGUAAUUUUGAAGUUGGGGUCCACUUGAAAUUGUAAAUAGUUCAGGAAGCUUCUGCAGGGCUGUUCACACAUUGGUGUGUGCCUCAGUGUUUAACUAAUUUAAAGUGUCUUUAUUGGAGAAAAAUGCAUGAAGCUCUUAGUCUGUUUCUUUCAAAUUUUUCUAGAAAUGACUCAGAGUCCCUUGGGAUUCGUGAAUGUUGUACAAAUUUACUACAUUAAGCAGCGUUGGGCCAGAUAAGAAGCCCUCCACAGCCCUGAGCUCCACGUCUUUCCGGGGCAACUCCUGCAGCUUUUUGCCUCUGCUCUGUCCCACAGGUGUGAGCAGUUUCUCAUGGUUUGUGUGGGAUGGAGAAAAGGUGGAGGAAGCUUCGUUACUGUUUAUGGCAUGUCCCUAGGGUCUUCUUUUCCUGAAGUAGUCUCUACCAUCUUAGAGUGGGAGAAAAAUCUGGCCUUGGCUUAGGUAGGAGGAAAAUUCCCAUCAGCCUGGAAAAGCGCUAGGCAGAAUUGGGUUUGGAAAGUUACAGAUCCAGUUGGUCAGAAUUGGCCGUUUCCUAUGUGUGACCUAUUUGUGCUAUGCAGACCGAACUGCUGCUUAAACAGGGAAUGGGAAGUGUGGAAUUUUUUUAUGUGAAAGCCUUAGCCUGAGUGUACCGUGAAAAGAACCAUUUGUACAUUCCUACUUUCA